CGUAACCCUCAGAAAUCCCCAUCGCCUCUCCACUUCCUCUUCCUCUUCCUCCCUUGCUCACUCACCAAGCAUUCCAGGCCCCAGAAGCAUCAAGACCCAAGAAUUCACGCAGCCCGGUCCACCGUCGAGGGUUUUCUGGCCAGCCGGCCAUGGCCGGAUGCUGACGGUUCUCCUGGGAGGAAGCUCGGCUUCAAAAUCUGGCGACAGCAGCUCGCUAGGGUGCCACGCAAUUCCACCCCUGCUCCACCUCCACAAGAUCUACAGCGGCCAGAGCCGGCGCUCCCCACCUGUUCGGCGUAAUGCCUAAGGAGCAAGCAACGGUCUCCCGCCGUUGGAAGGCGGCGCCCGAGGCGCGUGGCGGCGAGGGGAUCGACGCGCUGCCGGGCGAGGUCCUGCAGCACGUACUGUCCUUCUUGCCGGUGGCGGAGGCCGUGCAGACCUGCGUGCUGGCUCGGCGCUGGCGCGACCUCUGGAAGUCCAUGCCGGUCCUGCGCAUCACCUGCGAGGGCAGGAUUCUGAACCGGCGGGGCGUCAGGAGGCUCAACAAGUUUGUGAACCAUCUGCUGCUCCUCCGUGACCGCAGCGCGCCCCUGCAUGCGUGUGAGAUAGAGCUCAGCACUUUCCAUAGCCAGGAUGAACCGCAGGUCAACUUAUGGAUCCGGCAUGCUCUCUUGUGCCAAGCUCGAGUCCUCAGUGUUCAUUUAGGCCGUGAUAACAAUAGCUUUGAGCUGCUGGAGGACCUGCCUCUCGUCUCUCUGCACUUGACGAGGUUGGAGCUUUGCAACGUAGUGUUAAAUGAUAGCAUUCUGUAUUUUUCGAGCUGCCCAGCGCUGGAAGAACUGUGGAUGAGGGGUUGCUACGUCCAAGCUGAUAUGAUCAUGUCCCAGUCCCUAAAACGCCUGACCAUCCUUGACUGCAUAUUUUAUCCAAAUGAACGGACUCGGAUUUCUGUCCCAAGUCUAGUUACACUGGAAUUAAUUGAGUGCUGGGGGAGGACUCCUUUGCUUGAAAGCAUGCCAUCAUUAGUAACAGGAUCUAUUAAGCUUGCCGACUGUGAUGAUUGUUGUGGUAAAGAAGCUGGUGGUUCGUGUGUCGAUGUUACCUGUGAAAAUUGCAGUUCCAUUGAUGAUGACACUGGAGAUUGUGUGCUUCUCAAUGGUUUGUCAGAGGCUAAAAGCUUGGAGUUGAUAGCUGAACCUUGUGUGUUUAUCCUCAAAAGAGAUUUGAUGUGGUGCCCUACCUUUAGCAAGUUAAAAACCUUGUUACUCAAUGAUUGGUGUAUGAAGGCCAAUCUUGGUGCACUCAUGUGCUUUCUCCAACAUACACCUGUUCUCGAGAAGCUUACCAUCCAGCUUUGUCAGGCACCCAGCAGUCGGAUGGGGACUGAAGGAAGCUACAAUCUGACGGGACAACCGUUUGUUUUAUCUAACAAGCUUAAGGUACUUGAAAUCAAGUGUGAGAACAUUGAUGAGAGGGUUCACAGAAUUUUAACGUUCUUGAGUACCUAUAGCAUACAUGUUGAGCAAAUCAAUAUCCAGCAGAGUAUUGGAUCUUCUGAAGCAGCAGCAGCAGCAGCACUCUGAAGCACCGGUGGAACGAGCGGUGGCGGCAGGAUAUGCAGUAGUGCCACGGAAUUGAAAGAUGGGCAGUCUCGCCGCCGCAGCCGCGGCGACCAAAUCCUCUGCAGGUUGAUCCCACUUCCUCUCUUUUACAGAAAAAAAGACGGAAACAUCGGGCCUAGCAUUCCUUUUUC